AUGGUGGGUUUGCUGAGGAAGACCGCUUGCCUGGUGGGAUUGGUUAUAUGUGAGAGUCCACACAGACGGCUAACAAUGUUGUACACAAAGACUCUUGAUGUUCUUUUUUUUUUUUUUUUAAAGCAAAUUCCUAAAAAUGCAGCCUAUAGCUUGUAUGCAAAACAGAUUGCAAAUGAGAAGUGGAGUCUGGUUAAAGUGGAGCUAGAUGUUAAGAAAUUAGAAGACCAACUUCAGGGUGGCCAACUAGCUGAGGGGAUACUUGAGGCUGCAAAUGAAGUAAGUCUGGCAGGAAAAAUGAUACACUGGAAACCACGGGAGCCUUUGGUGGAAGAGCCUCCUGUCAACCAGUGGAAAUGGCCAAUGUAA